CUCGCAGCGCGAAGUGUCGAUGCUGAUCCAGGGCACUUCGGUUGUGUCGAAGGUUGGCGAAGCGGCCACAAAGACGACAGUACAGCUCGAUGGUGGUACUAGCAGUGUUUCCCCGUGGGGAAAUACCGUUUCCGUUGAGUCCGUCCCGUAUGUGCUGCUGGCGGAAGUUGAUCCUCUGCUCGGUGAAAGCUACCCGGUACCAUCGAAACAACGAACGGAGAUUAAUGGUGAUUUGUCGAAUCGGUUCGAGUGGCGUUACUUUAUCCGCCACGUACCAGUGCGUGGUAAGAAUGCUCGUACGCUGACCCAGGUUGGUCGAAAGCUGCGCGUCAACGGAGAGAAUCUGCUAACGUUCGAGUACGAGAAGGAUACCUCUUCGAUCACGGUCUCGGUGGAUGAUAAGACGGAGCUGUUGAACGUAACGUACGAUAAAUCAUCACGACCGAUCGCUUACCGGCCCCAGUCGGGCGAGUAUGCCGAUGUCGAUCUGGAGUACGAUCGCUUCGGUCGACUAACGUCGUGGAAGUGGGGCAAUCUAAAGGAAGAGUACACGUUCGAUCGUGCUGGACGGUUGAACGAGAUCAAGUACGGCGACGGUAGCUCGAUCGUGUACGCGUUCAAGGACACGUUCAGUAGCCUUCCACUCAAGGUCACAACACCACGCCGUUCGGAUUAUCUGCUGCAGUACGAUGAUGCCGGUGCACUGCAAUCGUUAACGACGCCCCGUGGACACAUUCACGCAUUUUCGCUACAAACUUCACUCGGAUUCUUCAAGUAUCAGUACUUCUCUCCGAUCAAUCGGCAUCCGUUCGAGAUUCUGUAUAACGACGAGGGACAGAUACUGGCCAAGAUCCAUCCGCACCAGAGUGGCAAGGUAGCGUUCGUGCACGAUAAUGCCGGUCGGUUGGAGACGAUUCUGGCCGGCCUUUCAUCAACGCAGUACACGUACCAGGAGAGUACGAGUUUGGUGAAGCAAGUGGAAGUGCUCGAGCCUGGAUUUGAGUUGCGGCGCGAGUUCAAGUACCACGCGGGGCUUCUGAAGGACGAGAAGCUCAAGUUCGGUUCAAAGAGUGGUAUGGCUUCGGCUCAUUUCAAGUAUCAGUACGAUGGAAAUGCACGGCUUAGCGGUAUCGAGAUGGACAUCAGUGGAAAGGAGUUGCCGAUAAUGCGCUUCAAGUAUGGGCCAGCGCAGGGUACGCUCGAUGCGGUCAGUGAUCUACGCAUCACCCGGAACGCCUUCAAUCGGACGGUGGUCCAGGACACGUCGAAGCAAUUCUUUACCAUCACGGACUUUGACGAGCAUGGGCGAGUGAAGAGUGUGUUGAUCAACAUCAAAUCGUUCGACGUGUACCGGCUGGAGCUGGAUUACGAUCUGCGCAAUCGCAUCAAGACACACAAGGUGAUGGUGGGGCGAGUGACGUCCCUGGACAAGGUGAACUACAAUGCGGACGGGCACGUGAUGGAGGUGGUCGGUACGAAUAGCUGGAAGUACGUGUACGACGAGAACGGUAACAUCAUCGGUAUACUGGAGCAGGGCGAUAAGACGAACCUGGGCUACGAUACGGGCGAUCGGGUGGUGCAGGUUGGUGACGUCGAGUUCAACAGCUACGAUGCCCGUGGGUAUGUGGUGCGUCGUGGUGAGCAAAAGUAUCGCUACAACAACCGUGGCCAGCUGAUACAUGCGAUGGAACGUGAUCGUUUCCAGACGUGGUACUUCUACGAUGAUAGGGGCCGAUUGGUGGCGUGCCAUGAUGAGAAGGGUAACGUAACGCAGUACUUCUACGCCAAUCUGAACGAACCGGAACUGAUCACUCACAUCCACUACCCGAAAGUCGGCUCAACCGGUGGCCGUACCUCCCGACUGCUGUACGAUGAUCGUAACAUGCUGAUUGCGAUUGAAACCGGUGAUCAGCGGUACUACGUGGCGACGGAUCAGAACGGUUCACCGAUCGCACUGUUCGAUGUGAACGGUGGCAUCGUGAAGGAGAUCCGUCGUACACCGUUCGGGAAGAUUGUGAAGGACACCAAUCCGGGACUGUUUGUGCCGAUCGAUUUCCAUGGUGGGCUGCUGGAUCCCAACACGCGGCUCGUGUACAUGGAGAAACGGUUGUACGAUACCGGCGUUGGCCAGUGGAUGACUCCGGCCUGGGAACAGAUGGCAACGGAGAUGCGCCAUCCGACGGAUGUGUUCAUCUAUCGGUUCCACAACAACGAUCCGAUCAAUCGCCGUGAAUCGGUCGAUGGUGGUGGUGGUGCUGGCCAGUACAUGAACGAUCUACGCUCCUGGUUGACCCUGUUCGGGUACGAUGUGCGCAAGAUGCAGGGUUCCCGGUACACGCGCGAUAUGAUUUAUCAACCGAAGGCGAUGAUCAAAUCGCCACAGUUGGCGCCCGAUUUUGGUGUCAUGUCCGGGUUGCAGUGUAUCGUCGAGAAGGUGGACGAAAAGUUUGCUGACUUUGGUUUCAUUCCGAAACCGUUGCUGAAGAUGGAGCUCAAGACGCGCAACUUGCUGCCACGGGUCGCUUACCGGCGCGGUGUGUUCGGUGAGGGUGUGCUGAUCUCGCGCAUCGAUGGCCGAGCGUUGGUGAGCGUGGUCGAUGGUUCGAACAGUGUCGUGCAGGACGUGGUAUCGUCGGUGUUCAACAACUCGUACUUCCUCGAUCUGCACUUUUCGAUCCACGAUCAGGAUGUGUUUUACUUCGUGAAGGACAACAUCAUGAAGCUGCGCGACGAUACGGAGGAACUGCGGCGGCUCGGUGGCAUGUUUAACAUCUCGACGCACGAAAUCAACGAUCAUGGUGGGGCGAAUGGAAAGGAACUGCGACUCCAUGGGCCGGAUGCGGUCGUGAUCAUCAAGUACGGGGUGGAUCCGGAGCAGGAGCGUCACCGGAUACUGAAGCACGCGCACAAGCGGGCCGUCGAGCGGGCCUGGGAGCUGGAGAAGCAACUGGUUGCCGCCGGUUUCCAGGGACGUGGCGAUUGGACCGAGGAAGAGAAGGAAGAGCUAAUCUCGCACGGUGACGUCGAUGGGUGGAUCGGUGUGGACAUACACAGCAUCCACAAGUACCCGCAGCUAGCAGACGAUCCGGGUAACGUGGCGUUCCAGCGGGACUCGAAGCGUAAACGGCGAAAGAGCGGUGGUUCCUCGGGUGGCGGCGGCAGUGGUGCUAGCCACAAGACGAAGCGAGAGCAUCGGCAACACGAAACCAUCAUCCUGCCACUGCCCCUGACGGCCUCGGUGGCACCUUCUGCCACGGUUGUGGCCUCUUCCUCCGUUCCGACAUCCUCGAUAUCAUCGCCAGUGACGGCGAGCGCUUCGAUGUCUCCACCGGCGGCGGUUGUGGCCCCCAUGACCGUGCCCGUGACAGUUGCCUCCAAAGCUGCUCCUCAUGCUGCUGCUGCUGUACCAGUUCCAGUCACAGCGACGGCCACGACGACGUGAGCAGGAACAGGACCGCAACACCACCACGAGCAGCACCAUCCCAUCACACCAUCCUACCGUUGAUGGGGGCGGCAGAGUGUCUCUAGAUAUUGUGAUAUAAAUAGGAUUUAUUUUUCUUCCGUGCGCGUUCGUACGCCUCUCACGCCCGGUUUCGUGUGAUGAGGGGAGGGAAUAAUGAGGCGAGCGCUCCAUUCCUGACGGGGUGACUCUCUAGAAUGGGGAUUACAAAGGACGCGAAGCAGAGAUCGCAAGUAGAAUCAAAAUGAGCAUGGUGAGCGUCAGAGGUCAGAUCGGUUUGCGAUCUGAUACACCCACAUACACACGCACACUCAGACACACAUACAUACACACAACUCCCUUCCUUUCACAAUCUUCUCCAAUCGGUGCUGCCGAACUGCUGCAGCACACAACGGCGAUGGAGACGCCACACGCGGGGGAAUAACUUCUCUCUCAUUAAUGGCGAAUGGCAUCCGUUGAAUGUACGACCGUGCCAUAGGAGAACACGUGUAAUUAACAUUUACGUUAUACUUUUAAUCAUGCCUCUCUCUCUCGCUCUCUGUAACACCGUUUUCGACAAAGUAUCUCUCCAUCCUAUUGGUUGGUGACUCUGACCCAAUGCUCUCUAUCU